GCGCGACGCUCAAGUUAUAAAACGCAGACGCAACGCAACGUCUUCUCGUGGAAAUUCGAGAUGGAACCACCAUCAUCACCAACACCUGGGUCCUGUCUUUCCUUCUGCCAUCCGUUGAUUCUUUUCUAUACACGCAGGCCGUGACUCCACUUUGAGAUUCAAAUAAUUCGUCUUGUCUGAACAUUUCCAGGAGAUUUUCUUUCCCUCCUUUUUUCACGACAAAGCCACCAUCAUGCAAAUCACGCAGAUCGUCACCCUCCUCGCCCUCGCCCUCCCGGCCUUGGCCGACGGGGCGGUCGAGCGGCGCUACGUGGGUGGCCCCGCCAACGCGGCCGCCCUCGCCGUGCGCGCGCCGCAGUUCGGCAGGAGGCCCGGCGAGUCGGCCACCGAGUUCAACGACCGCGAGAACAACCCGGACCCGCCCGCACGCGCCGGCGAGUUCCUCAAAGGCCUCUUUGGCGGCAAGAGGAACGGCGCCCUGAAAAACGCGGGCGCGGCGGCGGGCGCGGCGGCGGGCGCGGCGGCGGGCGCCCAGCAGUCGGGGGCGACUCGCGGCAACAACGCUGCCACCGGCGACAAUGGCAGAACUGGCAGGAUCGAGGCCACGGACCCGGCAAAGCAGGCGGAGCAGGACGCCAUCACGGCCCGGCUUGACGCUGAGAACAACCCGGAACCUCCCGCGCGCGCUGGGCAGAUCCUCAGCGGCGGCCGUAGCAAGGGCCAGAGGCGGUCGCUCGAGGCGCUGCGCAUUGACUAGAAGUAUGAGGAUGACUUGCUCGAGCGUCAGCAGGUGGAGAGUACGAGCCAGGGCGUGGCCGAGUGUUCGCUAAGGGAAGCUGUGUGAAAACGGCUGAACGAAUAGCUCCGCACAUGACGUUACGACGACUCAAUUGCAAGGGCAUCUCAUGAAUGCAGUUUUCAUCGCUCUGGUGGUGCCAUUUGUUGCAUCACCGAGACAAAAGUCCAAAGGGAGAUGGCCGAUUUGUACAUAUGACAGGCUUUAGUUUGGGCCUGAGCCAAGGGAGCUGGGAGAAAUUAUGCUUCAAUUUUCUUUCGACCAGAAUUCUGCUUUAUCCAGCCCCAAGUCGUCAAGCCACCCACUUUUCCCGCCAAACCUGGUUCCCAGGUAUUUCGGCAGGAACCUCCAAGGCCUGAAGCUCGGCGCGUACGGGGC